AUGCCACCAACUAGCACAAAAACACUCGAAAAUAAGGAUGAUAAUCCGCUAUUGGCCUCGAUCCCCUUUGCGAGCUCGUGUAUAGCGAUGGAAGUAAAGAAUUACUUUUUAGAUGCCAUCUCUCACGGUUAUUUGGAGCAAAUUCGCACUAAAGGAAGUACUGAUAAUACUUCAGAAGUACUUGCGCGUGGUGAGUUGUGCAUGAAUCGAGGAGGCAAGUGUAAUACAUUACCUCAAGAUUCUAAGAUGGCGAAUGCACUUCCUACGAGAAGCCCACGACGAUCGAUCGUGGAAAUUUUGCAGAGGGAUAUCCUGUCCUUUGAAAAUAGUGGACUAAAGCCAAGAGCAAAACGCGCCUGUCCUGCAAAGGAGGAGUUUCGUUCGGUCACGGAUGCCUCAAGACUGGGGGGCUGCGGUUAUCUGUACUCCGCGUCCUACCGUGGUUCUCCACGUACACAGAUCCUUUCGUGCGCACUCUGCCGUGCUCUCGAGGGGUAUUACGUGAUAUGGGCGGAAACCCAGCUUCGCAUCCGGGUAUAUCGUCAGUUGAUGACUACCAGCCUCAGCGAGAACGCUUCUCGUGAUGACGGAAGGCUUUCCACUCCCCCACCCCUUCUGCCGCUGCUGCUUUCUCAAAUCCGUUCGGAAGGAACGACGUGGAGCAGCACGGGGGUGCGAAAGUCUUUGUGCAUGGGCAGCAUAUCGAAUCGAAUAAAGACUUCCAAAACCUCCCACACACACGAUUUGGAAGUGUUACCAUCCCCGAUGACAUCUCACACCGUUCUCACCUUGCAUAGCAUGCAUUUUGUGCGGGAGGAUGCCCUUCAUGCGCGACGUUGCGGUGCCUUCGCGCUGCAAUCCGUUCUCCACCCUCAUUAUCCGACGGUGCUGGAGUGCUACCCGAAGCAUAUGAUUCAUUUCGGGUUUAUUUGCUAUGCGUUGUGGAACGCAUCGAACGCGUGCUUUACAGGGGGUGCGCAGGUGGGAGGGAGAUUUCCUGAGGCCGCUUCAUCCACGUCGUCUUUGAUAACGGGUGUGGUGAAACGGACGCAUUCGAUUUUAUUCACCGGUGGGGUCGAGGACGAGGAUCUCCUGCCCGUGCGCGAUUCGGAUGCGGUUUUGGUGUUAGGCCUUGGGGGAAAUGUCUUGGGGCGAUGUUUGGAUGGGCUUCUCCCCGCUACGGUGGGGUUGCAUGUGGUGGAGGUGGAGCCGGCGGUGUUGGAGGCCUGCGUGGCGUAUCAGCAGCUCCCCCCUCUCCAGGCCGCCCCGCCGUUGGCGGGCUGGUGUGGGGAGGAGUCCAAGGCACCCACCCAGAGCUCCCCUUCGCCUGCGAUCACGCCUCCAGCGCAGCCACCUCGGGAGUUUUUUGCCGCCGGAACCCACCCACGGGGCUCGCGGUAUCGGAUCUACCUCGAAGACACCUUCCACUUUCUGGAGCCUGGAAAGCCACUGGGCGGCGACGCGUCUGCGGGGGACUAUAACAUGAUCUUUCUGGAUUGUUAUGAUCCAUGUGAUGAAAGGAUGAUGCACUCUCGAGAGCUGUUAGAGCGCUGCCAUAAGAGGCUUCGCCCUUGUGGGGCUUUAGUGAUUAAUGCCCACGUCUUGCCGAAACGUGAGGUGCUGGAGCAGCAGUUCCUAGGCUACGGUUUCGCUUCAGUCCAGGUACUACGCGUUGCCGGCUUGGAUCAAUCGAUUAUUUUAUGUCUACGCUUCCCGAAACUCAUGCAAACCCGAGGUAAAGUCUUGCCUUCUUCCCAGCAUGUGGCGCUGCUUAGGCAGCGUGGGCAUCGUUUUACAUUACGCAAUGCUCGUGCUGUAGCCGAGUAUAUUAAUCAGCGUCGAAUGCUUUGUCGGGGUCAAGGGCACCAUUGCGACGAAGCCAGUUCCACACAAUUUACCUUAGAUCAUGCGUGGUUUAAGUCUUGUCGUCUGUUGCCAAGAUCUCGAUCAAAGCAAAGGGCUCUUGAUACUACCAAGGAUAGCCUUCCGAAAAACUCUUCUUCUAAUGAUGCUUUAGCAGAACUAAGGAGGGUGUGUAUAGAGACAGAAUCUUGUCGUAUCUGGGAGCAUUUCACGUGA